AUGAAGAACGCCCUUGCGCUCAAGCAUCUCGCAGAGAGCCUUGUGCUCCUGAUGGUGGGCAUCAACAAGGGUCUGAAGAGCAGUUAUCUCAGCCCGAGACCGAUCAACAAUCCCACGAGCUACCCUUUAGCUCGUCACGAAGAGAUGUCAGAGAUCUCUCGUUCUCAAGCUGAGCAAAGGCAAACUCAGCUCGAUGCUUCGAGGCAGUGUCCACCAUCUGGAGACGCCUAUUCCGCUCAUGCUCGAGAUCGUCGCGUAACCCUUGCGUUACGCGAUCAAAGAAGCUCUCGGGAACACACCGAUCCACAUGAUCGUGUGGAGAGCGUCUUUCCUCCUCCUCCACCUCCAUUAGAGGACUCUCGCGGUGGCCAGCGCUAUCUAGUAGAGCAGCUGUUGAACCACCGCGACGUGAACGGACGUCGGACGAGUUACCUCGUCCGGUGGCGCGGCUAUCCCCCCGUCCUGGGAUUCUUGGGAGCCCCGCUCCCACUGAUGGUUGACGUACUGGGUCUGGUCGAGCAGUACGACGCGACACAUCCUGUGCCGCAGAAGGACCGCCGGAGAAAGUCUUCCCGGCACGGUCGUAAAGGGAUUUCAGGUUGUCAAUCCCUUCGUACAUCUCAGUAG